AUGGAUAUUCCUCAGGCCGACCUCGAUCUCCUCAACGAGAAGGACAAGGCUGAGCUUCGCACCUUCAUUUCCAACGAGACGCAGCGCCAGAGGAUUCAAGGACAAACCCACGCCCUCACCGACUCCUGCUGGAAGAAGUGCAUCACCUCCAACAUCAAGACCAACCAGCUCGACAAGUCCGAGGCCGCCUGCAUGUCCGACUGCGUCGAGCGCUUCCUCGAUGUCAACUUCGCCAUCAUGAACCACGUGCAGAAGCUCACCAGGGGCGGCAAGUAG